AUGGAAACAGGACCAGCUAUCAUUGAUGUUGCAAGAUUUCUUGCCAACCCAGAAUCUGCUGAAGCUUUGGAAGAUUGCAAAAACUUGGUAAAGACUCUUCAAGAGACAUCAUGUCUCGUCAUCAAAUCACCAUUGGUUGAUGAAGCUCAAAACUCAGAAUUUUUAGAUAUGAUGGAACAAUAUUAUGAACAACCAACUGAAGUAUUGAUGAAAGAUGUUCAUCCAGAAUGGUCAUAUCAAUUGGGAGCUACACCAGAGUUUACUGAAGAGCCACGUGAUCACAGUGAGGUCAUCAAGGCAUUGAAGCCACAAUAUGCUGCCCAUGCCCCAAGAGGUGCCGACCCAAAGUGGAGAUUCUUUUGGCGUAUUGGAGAGCGUCCAGCCGAAACUGAGUUCCCAGAACUGAACUGUCCACCAGUUAUCCCUGAAAAGUUCCCACACUGGAAGAACGUCAUGGACACUUGGGGCAGCAAGAUGUUGUCAUCGAUCGAGACUGUCGCCGAGAUGGUUGCCACUGGUUACGGAUUGCCACGUGACACUAUCACCAAGAUGAUGAAGAACGGUCCACAUCUCCUCGCCCCAACCGGCUCUGAUCUCAAGCGUUUCGGUAACCUCGACCAAAUCUUUGCAGGUUUCCACUAUGACUUUAACUUGCUCACCAUUCACGGCAAGUCGCGUUACCCAGGUCUCUACAUCUGGUUGCGUGACGGUACCCGUGUUCUCGUCAAGGUGCCAGCUGGCUGCUUGUUGUUACAAGCCGGCAAGCAACUCGAAUGGGUUACCGGUGGUGACAUUCUCGCCGGCUUCCACGAAGUCGUCGUCACAAAGGAGACUGUCGACGCUGUCGAACGUGCCAAGGCUGAAGGUCGUUCCCUCUGGCGUAUCUCUUCCACCCUCUUUGGUCACGUUGCCUCGGACCAAUACCUCCGUCCACUCCCACCCUUUGAAAACCAAGAAACCCUCAACAAGUACCCAGUCAAACUUGCCGGUAAACAAUCAGAAGAAGAACUUCAAAUGAUUGCUCUUCAAAAGAAACAAGAAUAA